ACGCUGAACUCUGAACGCUCAGAUAAAACCGUGGUGAUCUGGUGUAGGACUUCGCUUUAUUAUUACACGUCUAUAGUCAGCUGCGCCGUUUUCCUGUUGAACGUGUCUCUGAUCUGCUCGAUCCUGAAGGAAGUACAGAGACCAGACUGUACCUGCUCACUGAGCAGGAGCUGUGAGGAAGAGUGGCCGCUCUAGCUGUACUUACUCUCCCUUCAUUAGGCCGGAGGUGUCUGCCAGAGGAACUUCAUGUGAUUCAGUAAUUGAUCGCUCAGAAUGGGCUGUGGAGGAUUCGUUUGCUCUAAAAAUGCGCUUUGCGCGCUGAACAUUCUUUACGCGCUGGUGAGUCUGCUCAUGAUUGCGGUGGCAGCCUGGGGUAAGUGGUUUGGCCUGGUCUCGAGUUUCCAAGUGAUAGCCGCCGUCAUUGGAGUUGGUUUCUUUCUCUUCAUCGUGGCAAUUGUGGGUCUGUGUGGAGCUCUAAAGCAUCAUCAAGUCCUCUUGUUCUUUUACAUGGUCAUCCUCUUCAUGGUGUUCAUUGUGCAGUUCUCAGUGUCAUGUGCAUGCCUGGCCAUCAAUAAGGAACAACAGAAUCUGCUUCUGGAGAUUGGAUGGAACAAGUCUGAGUCUAUGCAGAAGGAUCUAGAGAGAACUCUGAACUGCUGUGACUUCUCCAACGUCAACUACAGUGAAACAUGUGAAGCUGACUGUUUCAGAGAAACAAGCUGUGAACCAUGCUCAGUCAAAAUUCAGGCCUAUGCUGAUGACGCACUGCACUUUGUUGGAGGAAUGAGUUUGUUCUUCAGUUUCACAGAGAUUCUGGGUGUUUGGCUGACGUACAGAUACAGGAAUCAAAAGGAUCCUCGGUCAGGUGCCGGCCAAUUCAGCAACUAGUUUCAAGAAAUUUUUCCAUUAUACUUCCUUUAGUCUUAUGUUGCACUUUUACAUUCUAUAUCAUCUGCUAACUGCAUUAGAUUGCAUUAUAAAUUUAAUCCAUAAUGACUGCAGGGAAAGGCAUGAAUGAUGUUUUAACUGAAAAAUACUUUUUCAAAUGUCACAUGAUUAAUUGUUAUUGAAUGUUCUUUCUUUACUUUAUUGCAACAGCUGUGUCACAAUUAAAUAAUGCUGUGAUCAUGAUCCCAUUUUCAAAAGUUGAAAGUACAGUAUGAAAUGACAUAGUGAUUGGCAAUUUAUGUGCCACUGACCUUAAUGUUUCAUCCAUAAUGAUCUGAAAGAUGUCUUGAGCCUUUCUCAUACAGUCAUACAAGAAAACAA